UUUUUCCCUUAAGUAACCGCCUUGACCAUUAAUCCCAGGCUUACAUAAUUCCAGACGAUUUUAUUUUCCUAGUCAGUGGGAUGUCCCUCCCUUGGUGCUCUUGUUUCAACAUUUAAUACUUAGUGCCAAGUCCUAUUGUCAGACUGCAGAUGUUAGUAUUUUUCUGGACUUGAAUUCAGACACUAAUUUCUCUGCCUUUGUUUUUGGCAUGAAGCUUUAAAUUGACAGCAAGCAUGGCACCAUUAUAGUUCUCCAGACCCAAACACAUGCCUUCCCUUCAAAGAAUCAUGGAGAUCGAUCAAGCACAUGACUCAACAAAUCUCGACGAUUACUCUCCUAACACCAAAUCUGUGCUUUUUAGUUUACUUCAGACGAAGCCGGAGAGAAGCAAUGCAGCAGAAGAGAGGACUGCAUGGUUGCGAUCUCAGCUGAUCGGAAGCAGCUUGGAGUUCGACACCCCAUUUGGGAAGCGCCUUCUCACGUAUGCAGAUCACACAGCAUCAGGAAGGUGUUUGCAAUACAUUGAGAAUUAUAUCAUCGAAAAAGUCCUCCCAGUCUAUGGGAACACCCACACAGAUGAUAGCUUUGUAGGGAGCAAGACCACAAGGAUGGUUCAGAGAGCGGCGACGUACAUCAAGCAAUGCAUGGGAGGAGGACCCAAUGAUGCACUCAUAUUUUGCGGCUCAGGCUCCUCUGCGGCCAUCAAGCGACUCCAGGAAGUGAUAGGCAUUGCAGUGCCUCCAAUCAUGAGAGAUAGGGUGCUGCAGAGCCUAAGGGAUGAGGAAAGAUGGGUAGUCUUCGUCGGGCCAUACGAGCAUCACUCCAACCUCCUCUCAUGGCGUCAGAGCCUCGCAGAGGUGGUGGAGAUCGGCAUGGAUGACGAGGGCCUGGUCAACAUGGAGGCCUUGAGUCUUGAACUCAUGUCACCGAAGUAUGCAAACCGGUCCAUGCUCGGCUCUUUCUCGGCUUGCAGUAAUGUCACUGGAAUCCUUACCGACACUCGGGCUUUGGCUCGUCUUCUUCACCAGCACGGUGCAUUUGCGUGCUUUGACUUCGCUGCAAGUGGCCCAUAUGUAGAAAUCGACAUGCGAUCGGGAGAUGUAGAUGGAUACGAUGCAGUCUUUCUCAGUCCUCACAAGUUUCUUGGAGGCCCUGGAACUCCUGGCAUCCUCCUGAUGCAUAAAGCCCUCUAUCAGCUGAGGUCUUCGCCACCUUCAACUUGUGGAGGUGGUACCGUUGCUUACGUUAAUGGCUUCAAUGAGAAGGAUACGCUGUACUAUGACCAUGUCGAGGAGAGGGAGGACAGUGGAACUCCACCCAUCAUCCAAAAGGUUCGAGCUGCAAUGGCCUUUUGGGUGAAAGAGUACAUUGGCCAUGAUCUCAUCGAUCUCCAAGAGCGAGUUUAUGCUGAGACAGCACUCGGAAGGCUCCUCCACAAUACGAACAUCGUAGUACUAGGCAACAAGCAAGUCAAGCGACUCCCUAUCUUCUCCUUCCUUGUGUACCCUCCCAUGAAUUCCUCGAGCAGUGAGGCGUAUGGACUUAGGACUACUAGUCAUGGAGUAAGAAGAGAAGGUUAUAGGUGGCCAGAGGGAGAGAACAAGGAAGGCAAGCCCCUCCAUGGGCGCUUCGUUGCAAGGCUACUUAAUGACCUCUUUGGCAUCCAGGCUCGUGGGGGCUGUGCUUGCGCCGGUCCCUACGGCCACCAUCUCCUUGGAGUGGACAACACACUCUCUCUUCGCAUUCGCUCGGCUAUUCUGAAGGGGUACAGUGGAUUGAAGCCUGGAUGGACUAGAAUUAGCUUCCCAUACUACAUGUCCAAAGAAGAGUUUGCCUUCAUCCUUGCUUCGGUCGAGUUCGUCGCAGCGCACGGUCACCGAUUCCUCCCUCUAUAUCAAUUUGAUUGGGUGACAGGGGAUUGGACUUUUCGUAAGCAUGUGCUCAAGUAUCAUCUAAUGAAAGAAGAACUAGUCCUCGCAUCGCAUGACUUGUUGGUAGAGAAUGGUAUUGGUGCGAAGGAAGAGGAGGCAUGGAACUUAGAGGCAGGAAGAGCAAGUGACGAGAGCUCAAAGACAACGAGUGCAGCUCAAAGAUUUGAGAGUUACUUAGAGAGUGCAAGAAGCAUUGCACUCUCCCUCCCCGAGCAGCCUCAUUCAAGCAGCAUUCCAGAAGACAUAGAUCCCAACCUGAUCCUUUUCAGAAUCUAAUUAAUUAUGAGCUCUUUAGUGCAUAAUAAUGCAGUCUCCUUAAUUUGCAAGCAAAAGAGAAAACUAGAAAUUAUAAAAUGUGAGCUAGUGAUUAACAAUAAUGGGGAAAUGUCCCCUAGAGAAUCAAAGAAAGGAGAGUCUUUCAAAGUAUAGGGUAUUCCUGCA